AUGGAGGCGGAUGGCUCUGAAGAUGUCAACGACUUUCUUAACCGCAUCCGUGAGCUGGGCAACAAACGCGACAGGGAGGACGAAGAGCGCACUAGAAAACUAGAAGAAGAGAUCAUUCAAGGCCGGAGAGAGAGAGAGGCUAGGAGAGCGGAGCGUGCCCGAUCCAUAUCCCCAACUAAGGACUCUCCUGGCCCCUAUGGUAGCCCCUCAUUGGCAGGAAGCGUUUCUCACUCCUCUCCCGUACGCGCACAAUCAAUUGAACCCCCGUUGGCCCUUCUUCCAUCCCCCAAAAGAGAAAUAUCCGAUACCACACCAGCAACUGAAGAGAUGGGGGAUUCAGAUAUGGCCAAAGCAGAUGAUCUGGCUCGUCAUUCUGCCAGAUUAUCGACCUCUUCGCGCCCUUCCUCACGAGGGCUGACUUGGCAGCAGCGUCCUGGCUCUCGAGAUCUUGAUGCUGGUAUUGUCCCUUUUCCAACUUUCCCUUCGCCUAAAUCUGCAGUCGAAACGCGUCUGGAGUCUACUUCCGCACUUGACGCUGAUUCGACUCCGCCCCGAUCUCACAUCGCCCAGUCUCUUGCUUCGAAGGAUCCCACCUGGUUCCGACAGACAUCUGAUCGCGGAAUUGGAUCGCCUGCAUAUAGACGCGCCCAAGAUAGCUCAGUGUCGGAUGUUUCUAUGUUGAGCGGGAACAUUAGAUUGCCCGGUUUUAGCAGAGACCCGACGGUAGACUCUGAAAAGGUUAUAAACAACGAUCAUACUACUGAUCGGUCAGGGUCUCCGUCCAGAGCCAGUUCUACAUAUGCUACCGGCAGCUCGGGAAACAGGUACUCUAGCGUAUCUUCUGUUGUCACGGCUGGGGGAUUAGGUUCUCCGGUUCCUCUGUCCAAUUCCCAGAGAAUAGAGUCGCGCGCGUCUUUCACUGCUAAUGACCCUCACCCAGCCGACCGGUUUGCAAUGUCCCCGUCUCAAGGUCGAAUUGCUGCGGAUCGAUCAUCUUCUCCAACGAAAGGCUUAGGUGGGUUCGUGCAAAGUGCUAUGAUGAAACGUUCUGAUAGCGUUUCAAAGAGAUGGAGCAACCAACAAACUGGGCGAGGCACUGCAGUCCCCAAGCCAGGCUACCAGACGCCACCGAGCAGUCUAUUCAGAGAAGCAAGUGAUGAAACCUCUCACAUCUCUAGUUCGCGCCCCGGCUCUAGCCAUACCGAAACAACAAUUGUUCGCCAGCAUACGAAGGGAGAGCUUGAACCAUCGAAAUCACCUAACGAUGUCGCCCUGAAGCAAUCGCUUCCAUCCAGGCCCUUGUCGCGAUCUGAUUCAAUUAGUAAUGUGGGAGACAGGCCGUCAGAUUUGCCUGUCAGCCCAUCAAAAACAAUGGAUUCUCGGCGAUGGAGCCCAACGAAAGCUACCUGGCUAGAGAGUGCUUUAAACAAACCCGAUUCUCCAAAACUCAAGCCGCAGUUCCAGGAGGAACCUGAAUGGAAGAAGGGAUUAAAUAAUAGACUGAGACAAAGCAAGGCUAGUGUCGAUCUAGGAAGACCUGGCUCUCCAAAAUUCUCAUUGCAAAAGGAGAACCAACCUCCAACAGGGAUCUCAACCCAAUCUUUGAGAGAGUCUGAGAAUCGGGACUCCGCAAACACAGUUAAAUCAAGCCACCCAAAGCUACGUAGCGCUCUUCAGUCUGAUAAUGAAGUUCUGCGCAUUGACACAAUGGCUAGCGUGGCACAGACUGCUGAAUAUCCCAAAAAGCUUGAUGACCUGAGGUCACGGCCUAUAGCUUCUCCCAGGCAAAUGGCUGACAGUCCAGCUUCACCGUCACCCAUAGGCUCCCAAAAAGGACUGGGAUCCAUAACAAAAUCGCCGGUUGAUGGGAUUUCACCGCAAUUGAAGCCUUCCACCCCACCCUUAAAUAACUUCAGAGCAAACUUGCGGCGUCGCGAAAUAACCGAUGGAGCUUCCAACAAAGAUGAGCCCGAAUUCAAAAAUGUUUUCGGAAAGCUAAGGAAGACCGAAACGAAAAACUAUGUCGCCCCCGAUCUAUUAAAAGACAACAUCUUAAGGGGCAAAGCCGGUCUGAAUGCAACGGGAGGACCGAAAAAGUCCGAUAAAAUAGACGAAUUCAAGGAAAGCAUUCUUAAACAGAAAGAGGCAAUGAAAACCGGUGGAGGUUCGAUCCGACGCCCAACUAUUGGAGAUAAAGGGGCUAUUUCACCAGACAAAUCAUCGCUUGAAAUCCCGGAGGCCAUUACGAGGCAGAGAACUAUGACUAAGUCUGGACCUGCAGUCACUAGUCUUUUGGGGAAUGGCAGGCACUUGAAGCCAGCUGAACUUCCCAAAACCGUAGGCGUUCAAAGAGAAAUAAAGCAGUCAGAGGCAGCUGAGUCUGAUGUUCAGGACCCUGAACUCGAGGCUAUCCCGUCAAAAACUUCAUCGAUUCAUGGCCCAGAAGGUGAAGCCUCCGACAUAGUUACGUAUGCACGGAAUUUGCCAUCUGAUAAACUCGCUGAUAUCCCCGCAAAACCGGAUCAACAGCCUGAUGUUUCCUUACAGCAAUCAGCGGCGAAGUUGCAUAAUAAUCGAGAGAUUCCUGAGCAGUCUUCAAAACUGGCUGGUAUUGCGUCGAAAUAUGACCAAAGCUCCAUUCAAACACCGCCCAAUGGUCCACGUGCACGUUCUGGUACAGGGAAGCUUGCGGACAGAUUGAAUCCUGCCCUAGCAGGUCUUUUAUCCCGCGGACCGCCUUCUAGUAGCGGACCACCCAGCGGUUCGAAUGAUAAAUCAUCACGACCAAUGCCAUCUCAGUCUGAGCUGUCUGAGUCAAUCUUACCAGCAAAAUUGACGCACACGACAAAAGGCCGAGCAAAGGGACCAAAAAGGAGGUUACCACAAUCUGGAACCUCCGAUCAGAAACCACAGAAGAAUGAGCACAAAACACCCUUAAAAGUGGAAUUAACGACGUCAUGGUCAUUGCGUGAUACCAAUCCUAGUGAUGAUAAAUUAAGCCAGGAUACGUCGCCUACUAAAGAAGAUGUGAGGUCAUUGCUUAAAGGGCUUCCGCCAAGCAAGAAGGAGUCCGAUACGGCUAAUGCGUCAUUCACACCAAACGGACUACAAAGGAAAGACAAGCCAUCAGUGUCUUCGAAGUCUCCCGAUCUUAGACAGUUCACCCCUACUAAUAAUGGUCCUAAAAGAAAUGAUUCAGAAUACGAUGGGACUGAUACAAAGUUGGAAUUACUUUCUUCGAAGAAAUACGCACAAAUUGACACUCUCCCUCCCACUCCAAUUGCACGAAGAAGCACCUCCAACGAGAGUUUCAAGUCUGAUGGAAAGCCGAGUCCUCCUCCAAAGCCUACUACGAUUUCAACAACGAAUAGCUCUUUAUCUCAAAAGAGCCUUCCUCCGUUCCCGCAAGAACGCAUUAACUCCCCUCCUGUACCUCCAAAAGCAGCCGGCCCAACUCUCAACAAACAACAAUCACCCUCGAUAGGCCCCAAGACAUCUCCAUUUCCUGAGUCUUCCGAGGCAAUUAAUAUCUUUUCAAGUUUUUUUGAUACUAUGCCAAAGGCUAGUGAUAAGGUUGAGGUCGACCCUCAGUCGAUAUUAAUGUCACAACCAGAUGUAUAUCCCAAAAUUAACACAAUAUCGAAACAAAUAUGGGAGAUCACUGGCGAUGGCAAGAGGAAGGAUCUCCCAGCUAACCAAGGCUAUAUACUGUUUGAACAAAGCAUGUAUCUAUGCGUACAUGUUUUCGAAGAAGCGGGCGGGCCUAAAACCACUCAGGUUCAUCUUUGGUGCGGUGAUGAAGUAGCCGAGGCAGCUAUUGAAGAUGCACAACUUUUUGCUCGCAAGGUUGCCCGGGAAAAUAGCUGUAAGCUCGAGCUCGUCAAGCAAGGAAAGGAGGCGCCAACUCUCAUCCAGGCUCUUGGCGGCAUUAUCAUCACACGCCGUGGCUCGGGGAGCCGCGCUAAUUCCUCGUCAAUGUAUAUGCUCUGUGGCCGCCGACAUAUGGGUCAAAUUGCGUUUGAUGAAGUUGAUCUGACCUCGAAAAGCCUAUGCUCCGGUUAUCCGUACCUAAUCUCCGCUAAAUUUGGCAAACUGUACCUCUGGCAAGGUCGCGGAAGCACAGCUGAUGAACUAGGCUGCGCCAGACUUAUCGGCAUGGACCUAGGCUUAACGGGUGAGAUCGAGGAAGUCAUUGAAGGAAAGGAACCGCCGGGGUUCUUCGAGACCUUUCCGGACACUUUCCAACCGACCCCAGCCCAAACUGCAGACCAUUGGAAAUUGAAACCCACCAAUGGGAAAUAUUGUUGUCGACUCUACCGCGUCGACCAUGAACUUGGACAGAGAUUUGGAUCUGGCUUCUGGGGUCGUCGCGGGACCACCUCGCCUGUCACAAGGCCGAAUGACGUUGUGCAGGAAAUCGAGCCGUUUUGCCAGCGCGAUCUCGACCCCAAUCAUAUACACAUCUUGGAUACUUUCUUCGAGAUUUUUGUCAUUGUCGGUGAUCGAGCAAACGCGCGCUCCGCAGAGUUUGCCUCCGCGCUGAUAUUCGCCCAGGAAUACGGCAUUAUGGCUGUCUCUUUGCAAGACCGACCAUUCCUGCCCAAAAGCAGUGUCGUGAUAUAUGGUCUUUCAGAAGAAUGCAAGCGGGCAUUCAGAAAGUGGGACGACCGGGGUAUUUUAUCUCCAAGAAAGACGCCAAGUGUUUUCCCGCUCAACGCUGCUAUUGAGGCUAUUCGGUGAUUUCCUUCUUUCAUAAACGCCUUUUACAGAGUUGUGGGAACUUUCUCCUGCUCAUUUAGCUUGUUUCUUCUUUUGCGGAGUUUUUCUUUUUCUUUUUCUAUUUAACAAUUCUCUUGUCUUAAUUCCUAAUGUUUGGCCAUAGCGAAAGGUAUUUUGCCCUCGACUUUGAUGUGAUGCCACUGCUGCAUUGAUUUUCCAGUAUAUUUCUCGUCUCAUUUUUGCGUUUAUUAUUGGCUGGCUAUUUCUUUCUAUACAGUCUAUGGACGGUAGUUAUCUGGCCAUCGAUCUCAGCUCUUUCAGACAGUUAGAACGGAUGCAUAUGGUGUUGCUGAAGGUGCAAGGGCGGACUUGAGGCUCCGGUUGAGGAGUUAUUUCUUCCUCUACUGUAAGAAUUAAGACACGGCUUAUAUGCGUAUAACAUAUAUCUGUCAACCGCAUUAUUAGCUGUAGACUGUGCUCCUGGACGUGGUAUAAAGGCUCUGGGGUUUUGGGAAGUGUAGGUUCGACAAAGUUUUUCCAGGCUAAACAUCAUUAUUAGGUAGUUAUAGUACAAGGCCAGGGUGGAGGAAAAAGAAAAUAAGAAUUA